AUAGCUACCACCAAUAGAUCUGCUCAUCAUCAUCACCAUCUUGAGGUGCUUGCUCGAACAGACACAAACGCCAGACCGCUCACUGACCGUGGCUCAUACCUACCUUACUUUGGUACCAAGGCGCCACGGUGCCAAGAUAUCAACUCUCCACCUAACGCAGUUGCCUAAGCUGAAGGCUGAAGCUCCCCCAAGUCUGUGCUGCAUGUCACUUUCUUACUCCGCCUCGUGACAGCCCGCCCUUCUGGCCCAUCAAUCCCCGACGACGAUCACCUUUUUUGCCUGUCCGCUCCUCGCUACACCUUGGCCCGCUCCUCUUCUUUCUAUCUCCGUGUUUCUCUUUUUUUGCUUUCUUCCCUCUUCUCUUAAACAUCCCUCCUCGCCCAGACUUUUCGGAGGUUUAUUACUUGUGUUGCUUCUUCCUUUUGCCGCCGUAUUCCAAUUUUCGAACUCCUUCCUUUUUCCUACGGUACCCCAAAUCCACAACGCGGUUGCAUGCGCUUGUCUCGCCUUCGCUCCUAAUCCGUCAGCCAAAAACCCGUUGUUCGACCUAAAGCGAUCGACCCUCCUCCCACCCCAAAAGAACGUCAUCCACAUACCGACGGCCGCUUUAUCGCCCCCCCUUCCGACCAAACAUCACCCCGUCAUUCGCACGAGACCGCCCUUUUUCUCUCUGUCCCUCCCUCUGCUAGUCCCAUUUCAACACACCCCGACCCGGCCAGGCCAAUGGCCCCUCCGCCACCCUACCUGAUAGCGACUGCCGCCCAAGAUGUUCCUACUUCACUCGCCGCCUUCGUAGCAGCUACAGCAACAGCAGCAGUCGACGCAGCAGCAAGCACCAUGACCCCUAUUGCGACCCCGACAGAAGCCCUCGACGGCGCCGUCGCGACCUUCACGAGCGCUGUCGCCGCGGCCACGGCUACCCACGCUGCAACACAGGGCGAAGAAGGCGGCAACGGCGAGUGCAGCCUGCUCGGCUCCUUUGCCCUCAUUGUCCAGGCGGCCCUGGGCGGCCUUGCCUUGCUGUCGUUGGUUUUCAAGCGCUGGAGAGAGCGGCCACAACGUCCAGUCAAGAUCUGGUUCUUCGACGUUUCGAAGCAGGUGUUUGGCUCGGUUCUCGUCCACAUCGCCAACAUCUUCAUGUCAAUGUUGACGUCAGGGCGCUUUUCUGUGACACUGGACCCCGCAACCACGGCCAACGCGCAGAGAUUGAUGAGACGCGGCGAGGAUUACACACCAAACCCGUGCUCCUUUUACCUGCUCAAUCUCGCUAUUGAUACCACCAUCGGUAUCCCCAUCCUCAUCGUACUUCUCCGCGUUCUGACAGGCCUCGUCGCGUACACACCCUUGGGCAAACCCGAGGAGUCGAUUCGGUCCGGCAACUAUGGCACACCUCCCAACGCCUGGUGGUGGUUGAAGCAGUCCUUCAUCUACUUCUGCGGCCUGUUUGGCAUGAAAUUCUGCGUCCUCAUCAUCUUCCUCCUCCUACCCUGGAUCUCGCGCGUCGGCGACUGGGCCUUGCGGUGGACCGAGGGUAAUGAGCAGCUGCAAAUCUUCUUCGUCAUGAUGUUCUUCCCACUCGUUAUGAACGCCAUGCAGUACUACAUCAUCGACUCUUUCAUCAAGCAGCCCCAGCACGAACACGAGCGACUACCGGAGGAGGACCCCGACUGGAGCUCGAGACAUGCGGGUGUCAGCCCGUACGACGACGCCGACUCGGCAAGCGAGGAGGGUGCGAAUUCAGACGACGGAGCCAGCUUGAAGUUGAAGAAGGCGAAACAUGCGGAUGACGCCGAAUACGACCCGGACACGGACGGCGACGCGCCGACGGUCAUUGGUAGCAGCUCAAGCCGGACAAAUCACCAGAGAAGGGAUAAGGAUAUUUCGGCGGAGCUGUUCCCAAAGGAGUGAUGUGAGCUUUUGUUUUUGUUUGGUUUAAGCUAGGAGUUGGAGCUAGAAACAUGUAUAAUCGGACCAGGUCUAGAUGGCCUCCAAAGGGCUGUAACAAUACGGGUGUUUGGUUCAAGCGCA